AAGAACUAUAAAAUUGAUGGGACCCAAAUCAGUUUUAAACCCAGGGGUUUACGAAACAGAAGUAACUUUUGUUAUAUAAACUCAAUAUUACAAGCCUUACUUGCUUGCCCACCACUUUGUAAUCUCCUCAAACGGCUAUCAGAGAACUUCACUCACAAUAAUGCACUGAAAUCAAUAACAAUGAGUGAAAAUAUGUGUAAAUUUAUGAAUAACUUCGAUAAUCUGCCCAAUGUAAGACGCAAGUCACGUUCAAAAAAGAAGAACAAGAAGCAAACUUUCGUCAAUAUAGAUAAUGGCAAUUCGUUUGAGGCCUCAUCGUUUUAUACGAUGCUAAACGGAACACGUAGCGAUUCUUUCCUUGUUGAAGGACGACAAGAGGACGCCGAAGAGUUCUUAGGCCUUCUGUUAAAUGGGCUCAAUGAUGAAAUGAUGGGAAAAAUGAAAUUGAUUAGCCAUGACGAAAAUAUUCAAGCAGCUAAAAUAGAAGGGAAUGUAACAAGAGAAAUACAAAUGGACAAGACACCGAUUAGUGAUAUAUUCGGAGGACUUCUCUGUUCAAGAAUCCAUAAAACCGGAGAUGAAACUUCAGAAAAUAUUGAACCAUUCCUAACAUUGCCAUUAAAUAUUAAAAAAGCAAAUAACAUAGCUGAAGCAUUAGAAGGCCUUACAACCAAGAACAAACUAGAGGGUCUGACAUCAUCGAAAACGAAAGAACCGGUUGAAGCAUGGCAGCAAGUGAUGAUAGAGAAGUUGCCUGUAGUUUUAGUAUUACAUUUGAAAUGCUUCGAAUACAGAAUGAAUGGCUGCACUAAAAUAAUGAAGACUAUAGAAUUUCCCAUCAAUCUGCAGAUUGAUUCUAAAAUAUUAUCAGGAAGGACGAAUACUCCAGCGGAGAGAAAAUAUAAACUGAUAUCUGUAGUAUACCAUGUAGGAAAGGAGGCCAGCUAUGGGCAUUAUAUAGCAGAUACUUUCCAUUCGGGGUAUAAUACAUGGUUGAGGUUUGAUGACUCUAAAAUAAACAGAGUUACGGAAGAAGAUGUUCUUAAACGUCAAGGAGAUAGAGUUCCUUAUUUAUUAUUUUAUCGAAGGAGUGAUACGGUGUGA